AUGGAGGAGAACAGUAGGAAGGACCACCGGGCUUUGCUCAACCAAGGAGAGGAGAAUGAACUGGAGGUGUUUGGUUAUCGCACCCAGAGUCUGCGGCGAGCCUUCUGCCUGCUCGCAUCGGUGCUGACCUGCGGCCUUCUGCAGCUCGUGUUCUACUGGAGGCCUCACUGGGGAGUGUGGGCCACCUGCCUCCCAUGCCCUUUGCAAGAAGCAGACACUGUUUUGCUGAGAACAACAGAUGAAUUUCAAAAGUAUAUGAGGAAGAAGGUUUUCUGCCUCUACUUAUCCACACUGACAUUUCCUAUAAACAGGAAUCCUGAAAAAUCCCUUGUGGCUGACCGACAUUCUGUCAUAAACCAAGCUGUAAUAAAGCCAGAACUGAAACUGCGAUGCAUUCAAGUGCAGAAACUCAGAUAUGUUUGGGUCAACUUGGAGAGGAGGUUUCAGAAAGUUGGAUUGCUGGAAGACAGCAACUCCUGCUAUGACAUCCAUCACACGUUUGGAUUGGGUCUCACCAGCGAAGAGCAAGAGGUCAGAAGAUUGGUGUGUGGACCCAACGCUAUUGAGGUUGAGAUACAACCCAUAUGGAAGCUGCUUGUUAAACAGGUUUUAAAUCCAUUCUAUGUGUUCCAAGCCUUCACCCUCACUUUAUGGUUGUGUCAAGGUUACAUUGAAUACUCUGUGGCCAUCAUCAUUUUAACCAUUAUAUCUAUUGCCUUAAGUGUCUAUGAUUUGCGACAGCAAUCAGUUAAGCUGCACAACCUUGUGGAGGAACACAACAAAGUCCAAGUUAAAAUCAUCGUAAAAGACAAAGGUUUACAGCAGCUCGAAUCCCGUCUUCUGGUUCCUGGAGACAUUCUUAUUCUACCAGGGAAGUUUUCGUUGCCAUGUGAUGCUAUUCUGAUUGAUGGGAGCUGUGUGGUGAAUGAAGGCAUGCUCACAGGAGAAAGUAUACCUGUCACCAAGACACCACUGCCUCACGUGGAGAACACCAUGCCCUGGAAAUCACACAGUUUGGAAGAUUACCGGAAACAUGUCCUUUUCUGUGGAACCGAAGUUAUCCAGGUCAAGUCCUCCGGGCAGGGGCCUGUAAGGGCAGUCGUUUUGCAAACAGGUUAUAACACAGCCAAAGGAGACUUGGUGAGAUCCAUCCUCUACCCUCGGCCUGUGAACUUCAAACUAUACAGUGAUGCCUUCAAGUUCAUGGUAUUCCUCGCCUGCCUUGGUGUCGUGGGCUUUUUCUAUGCCCUAGGGGUGUAUAUGUACCAUGAAGUUUCUCCCAAAGAAACUGCAACCAUGGCCUUGAUCCUGCUCACUGUGACUGUGCCCCCUGUGCUGCCAGCUGCUCUCACCAUGGGCAUCGUGUAUGCCCAGAAGAGGCUGAAGAAGAAGAAAAUCUUCUGUAUCUCUCCACAGAGAAUCAAUAUGUGUGGGCAAAUCAACCUGGUGUGCUUUGACAAAACUGGUACUCUUACCGAAGAUGGGUUGGACCUCUGGGGGACUGUCCCUACUGCUGACAAUUGUUUCCAAAAAGUUCACAGCUUUGUCUCAGACAAGGCUGUACCUUGGGGUCCACUGUGUGCCGCCAUGGCCAGCUGUCAUUCUCUGAUCCUUCUCGAUGGGACCAUCCAGGGAGACCCAUUGGACCUCAAGAUGUUUGAGGGCACCGCUUGGAAAAUGGAAGAAUGCGAUGUAGAUGCCUGCAAAUUUGGACUACCAGAUUCCAGCAUAAUAAUAAAGCCAGGACCCAAAGCUAGCCAGAGUCCUGUAAAAGCCAUCGCCAUCUUGCGCCAGUUUCCCUUUUCCUCGAGCCUGCAGAGGAUGUCUGUGAUCGCUCAACUGGCUGGGGAGCAUCACUGCCACAUCUACAUGAAGGGCGCCCCAGAAAUGGUGGCCAAGUUCUGCAGACCCGAAACAGUGCCCAGAAAUUUCCAACAGGAGCUGAGAAAUUAUACAGUGCAAGGUUUCCGGGUCAUUGCCCUGGCCCACAAGGUCUUGAAGACGACGAAGCUUUCAGAAAUGGAACAUUUAACCAGAGAGCAUGUGGAGUCGGAGUUAACGUUUCUGGGACUUCUCAUCAUGGAGAAUCGCUUGAAAAAGGAAACGAGGCCGGUGCUGACGGAGUUGAGGCAGGCCCACAUCAGGACUGUGAUGGUCACAGGUGACAACCUGCAAACAGCCAUUACUGUUGCAAGGAAUUCUGGAAUGAUUCCUCGAGGUAACCAAGUGAUCAUUGUGGAAGCCAAUGAGCCAGAAGAAUUUGUACCGGCCUCUGUGACCUGGCAGCUGGUGGUGAACCAAGAAAUUGAGCCUGGAAAGAGCGAAUCCUCCAUUAGCGUUGGAAACAGUUCAGACCAUGAUGGUGAAAGAGGGAGCUCUUACCAUUUUGCGAUGAGUGGGAAAUCCUACCAAGUCAUCUUUCAGCAUUUCAACAGUUUGCUUCCGAAAAUUCUUGUGAAUGGAACCAUCUUUGCAAGAAUGUCUCCUGGGCACAAGUCCAGCCUUAUUGAAGAAUUCCAGAAAUUAGAUUAUUAUGUGGGUAUGUGUGGUGACGGAGCUAAUGACUGUGGGGCCUUGAAAAUGGCACAUGCGGGAAUCUCACUCUCAGAACAGGAAGCAUCUGUGGCAUCGCCUUUCACGUCAAAAACAGCCAACAUUGAGUGUGUACCUCAUCUCAUUAGAGAAGGCCGAGCUGCUCUGGUUUCAUCCUUUGGGGUAUUUAAAUACUUGACCAUGUACGGAAUAAUUCAAUUCAUUGGUACAUCAUUGCUCUAUUGGCAACUGCAACUCUUUGGAAAUUACCAGUAUCUCAUGCAAGAUGUAGCCAUUACGUUGAUGGUCUGCUUAACAAUGAGUUCCACUCAUGCCUACCCAAAGCUGGCUUCGUAUCGACCAGCAGGACAGCUCCUAUCUCCCCCAUUGCUGCUAUCUGUCUUUUUGAAUUCCUGUUUCAGUUGCAUAGUGCAGGUCUCCAUAUUUCUCUGUGUGAAGCAACAGCCCUGGUAUUGUGAGGUCUACCGAUACAGUGAGUGCUUUCAGACCAACCAAAGUAAUUUUUCAACAAAUGGGAAUUUGGAAAGAAACUGGACUGGAAAUGCAACUCUGAACCCUGCCUCGAUUUUAAGUUUUGAGAGCACCAGUCUGUGGCCCAUUGUCACGCUCAACUGUAUCACUGUAGCAUUCGUCUUUUCUAAGGGAAAGCCAUUUCGAAAACCCAUCUACACAAACUAUGUAUUUUCAUUCCUGCUGAUAUCUGCACUGGGCAUCACAAUUUUCAUCAUGUUUGCAGAUUUCCAAGAUAUAUAUCAUGGGAUGGAGUUCAUUCCGACCAUAACUUCUUGGAGGGUUUUGAUCUUGGUGGCAGCCCUUACCCAAUUCUGUGUGGCUUUCUUUGUGGAGGAUGCUAUCCUUCAAAAUCAUGAACUCUGGCUAUUGAUCAAGAAAAAAUUUGGAUUCCACUCCAACAGUCAGUAUAGGAUCUGGCAAAGAAAUCUGGCAGAAGACUCUGCGUGGCCCCCCAUAAACAGGACAGAUUAUUCAGGCGAUGACAAAAAUGGAUUCUACAUCAACAGGGGCUAUGAAAGCCCUGAAGAGAUCCCCCCAAAACAGCUGAAAUUGGGCAACCUAACCACAGAACAACAUCUUUGGACCAGAUUGUAA